AUGGGGUCCGUUGGCGAAAAAAACUACGAUGCGAUCAUCGUCGGUGCCGGCUUUAGCGGCCUCUACCUGUUGCACGAACUGCGGAAAGCUGGUUUCACAGUGAAGCUCAUCGAGGCUGGGUCCGGGCCGGGAGGAAUCUGGCAUUUGAACCGCUACCCCGGAGCCCGUGUCGAUACCGAGGUCCCACAAUACUCUUACUCCGAUCCAGCGACAUGGUCGACCUGGCACUGGAAGCAGCGCUUCCCAGACCGGGACGAACUGGUCACAUAUUUCGAACAUGUUGUCGCCGUUUGGGACCUCAAACCCCACAUUGUCUGGAACACCCGUGUCACUGCCGCUCACUGGAACGAGAGCGAAAAUUUGUGGAAGAUCGAGGUCAACGGCGAUCAAUAUGACAACUACAUCUGCAAAUUCUUCUGCCCGUGCACUGGUUUCGCGGCCAAAUCAUAUACUCCACCUUUCCCUGGGCUCGACACAUUCAAGGGCCGAGUCUAUCAUUCUGGCCACUGGCCGGUCGGGGAGGUGAACCUCGCCGGCCAACGCGUCGCCGUCAUCGGAACCGGAGCGACCGGCGUGCAGGCAAUCCAAGAGAUUGGUCGCGUGGCCUCACACCUCACCGUGGUCAUGAGAACGCCUAACACGGCAAUCCCGAUGAAGAACACCCCUAUCGACGGACCCAGGAACUCCUACUUCAAGGAGCAAUUACCGGAGUGGAAGAAGAAGCAAGCCACUACUUUUGCCGGCUUUACUUACGAUUUCCGUCCUGGCAAGAUCAUGGAUCUUCCCAAGGAAAAGCGCCGCGAGAUCUACGAAGAGCUCUUCAACACGGGAGGUCUUCACUUUUGGCUUGGUACCUUCAACGAUGUCCUGGCAAAUAGGGAAGCCAACGAGGAAUCAUAUCAGUAUUGGCGGGAGCAGGUGCUGAAGCGCAUCAAGAACCCUGAGAAGGCCAGAAUCCUGGCGCCUGAGAAGCAGAUCGAUCCUUUUGGGACGAAGAGAAUUAGUCUCGAACAGAACUUCUUCGAGACCUUGGACCAGGACAACGUUGACAUUAUCUACACCCGCGAAAGUCCCAUCAAGCAAUUCGUUCCCACCGGCAUUGAGACCGAAGAUGGCACAGUCCACGAGUUCGAUGUUUUGGUCCUGGCAACCGGCUUCGACUUCGUCACCGGUGGUCUCACCCAGAUCGACAUCCGUGGUAUCGGCAAUCAGACUGUCAAGGAUAAAUUCGCCAAGGGCGUCUACACGAAUCUAGGUAUGACAAUCCACGGCUUCCCCAACAUGUUCUUCAUGUACGGCCCACAGGCUCCGACCGCUUUUGUCACUGGGCCUGUUUCAGCAGAGGCUCAAGGCAAGUGGAUCGUCGACUGCAUCACUCAUAUCACGAAGAACAACUACAAGAGCAUCAACGCGACCGAGGAAGCCGAGCAAGAGUGGAGAGCCCACGUCAACGAAGGAGCAGAGCAAGGAUUGUUCAAGGAGGCGCACAGUUGGUAUUUUGGAGACAACAUCCCAGGCAAGCCACGGGAGGCUCUGAACUAUAUGGCUGGUAUGCCUUUGUACAAGCAGAAGUGCCAGGAGGCAGUGGAUGCAGGCUACAAGGGAUUCGAACUGGUAAAGUAG